AUGUCUACUAACACGAACGACACUACUAAAUCUAAUGCCAGCACCUAGGAGCAUAGCAUAAAUACAAGUUCUACUCAAGGUAAUGAAUUUCAGUAUUCAGGAAAUAUUCCAAUCAGAACAUCAACAGCUCCUCCGACUUAUCAUCCAGAUCCUAAGGCAGGCUAAAACUAAGGUACUGGUAAUUUGGGCGGGCAGCCAGAUAGUUCUCAGACUCAAAAUCAAUCUUAGUCCUCAUUAAAUCUUUAAGCAUCAUCUUUUGUAAAAAAGAAGACUGAAAUACAGCAACCACCCGCUUAAAUCAUCAAUGCUUAAAAUCAUAUUCAGUAGAUCCCUGUAUAGCAACAGAAUGUGAUGAUUCAAGGUGGAGUAAUGCCUAGACCCAGCACUGGAAUGGUUUAGCCACACUAUCAGAACACUUACCAUUAAUAACCAACAGUGAACAAGUAUAAUUAGCCCUUCUAGCAAACUUCUCUCUAGCAAAACAUGGGUUACAGGCAUCCUUAACCAAAUUAUAUGCCUUAGUAAAAUUAGCAUCCCUAGGUCUAAUCAACUUACAAUCAAUAGUUUGCCUCAAAUACUACUAACAUGAAUUAGAAUGCUCCCAACUUUAAUAAAAAUCUAGGAUAGACUCAAUCUAAUCCUCUUGUAUAAAAUGAAAAAUUACAACAGCAACCUUUAAUAAAUACAUCAAACAAUCACAGUAUAGCAGAUAAGAAAGCAACUCAGUAAAUAACCUCGGCUUCUACUACUUCUGUGGAUAAAUCUAAAAUAGGAUUAUCUACCACGAUAAAAGGCUAUGAAUAUUUUAAGUCAUCAAUCCCUAAGACUUACAAACGUGAAGACUUUGUUGUCAAAAAUGAGGUUACUAACUCUACCGUAAUAUCUAACAUUCGAACAUAGAACUUAUAAAAUCAAACCAAGGUUGGAGCCUAAAUAAAUUUGCAAAACUAAUCCACCAGUCAGGCAAAUUAGAUAAAUAAUCUUAAUAUUUAAUCAGUCGAAUUCAAACCUACAGCUAAAGCAUAGCAACUCCCCCAGGUUUAGGCACAAGUAUCAUCUAAUCAGCAAUAUUAAAAUCCUCCUUCUAGUUUUUAAAGUCAUCAACAGCCCUAUAAUAAUGUAAGACAAGGUAAACUUCCAUUUAGAGGAACUUAACCAGGAAUUUAGAUUCAACAAAAUGCCUAUCAAAUGCCCUUCCCGAAUGCUAAUCCUCAAAUGUUUUAUCCUUAACAAUAAAAUCAAUAUGGUAACUUUCCCUAAUAUCAAUCAAAUAUGCCGAUUAUGCAAGGUCAGCAUAUGCACUAAGGAGGUAUGCCUUUAUAUCCCCAAACUCAACAUCAAAUGAAUCCUUCUUACAUGUAAUAGACUAUGCCUGGUCAAUAACAAUUCUAAAAUACCAAUAUUCCACAGUAAAUUCAUCAACAGCCUUAAAUAUUCAAUCCAACACAGGUCCAAAAUAUUUAAACUGGCAAGCCAAUUCAAUAAUAGUAAUAAAAUCAACAAACAUAGCCCGCCUUGCAUUAAAUCACCUAGCCACCAGUUUAAGAAUAAAUUGAUUUAUAACUGUAAUAGCAACAAAAAAAUAAGAGUGAAAUUAUUGAGGAGAAAUAAGAACCAAUAUAAAACUAUCAAUCCCCUCAAAAACAAAAGGAAGUUGAAAUUAUUGCCUCUUCAGAAACAAAAGAGAGAUCUCCUGAUAAAAAUCAAAAUAAAUCACCCGAAAAGGUUAAAUAAGAAGUACCAAAUGAAAUCCCUCAGUAAACCUAGCAGCAAGAGUCAGUUAAAGAAGUGAAAGUAUAAGAAUAACCAAAAUAGACCGUAGAAAAGCCAGUGAAAGACCAACUAACAUUGAAGCUGGAGGCUUUAAAUCUAUCUAAAGAAUAAUCAUAGUCCAUUAAGGAAUUGAUCAAACUAAUAAAAUCCACAAAGAAGGGGGUUAAUAAUGAUAUUUUGAAUAAGUUUAAAUCAUUAAGCAUUUGCAGCAAUAAUCCAAAAUACUUCAGUGAAGAAAUACUCACUAGAUAGCUCAUUGCCAGGGAAGUAGAAAAACAGUCAUACUAAAAAGGAGGCAACAAGCCUUAUUAGAACAACAGAGGCGGAAGAGGGGGUUACCAAGGUAGAGGUGGCUAUUAAGGAGACAGAAACUAAAAUUAAGGUGAAUUUAACAAAGGAGUAGUCAAGCAGUAAUACAGAGAAGAGACUAAUUUAACUCCAAUGGAAAGAGCUUAAGCAGAUGAACUUAAAACAAAAUUGAUUGAGGAAAGUAAAAAAACAAUUGAGAAAACGAAGCAAGAUAAAAAUAUUAACUAGAAAAUCAGACUUAUAGUAAAUGUGAUCACACCAGACAACUUUGAGAAGAAAUUCGCUGAGUUGAGGCAAUAUAUGUUUGGAGACUUGAAGCUAGUCGGUGAAGAGGGUUAUGAUCAAGCGAUUCAUUUGAUCUUAACUGGUGAUCACAACGAGGAGAAUAUGGGAGUUAUUGUGGAGACUAUAUUUAGAAAAGCUUAAAAUGAGAAAGCCUACUGUUCAUUCUAUGGAGAUUUAUGCGAGAGGAUCAUUAGAUUAGAGUUAGGACUCAGAGGAAUGAAACCUUAAUAGAAGAAUAUGUAAAACAGUACAUUCAGAAAAGCUCUUCUUGGAAAUUGCAGGACAAGUUUUAAUUAAUUCUUUUCAGAUGAUAUUAAAUAGAAAAAGAAGACUAUGGAUGAAGAAUAACUUAUCAAGCUCAGAACUUAACUCUUUGGAAGUAAUAAUUAUAAGUUUAAUAACAAUACUUAUUUAGAUGUUAAGUUUAUUGGAGAAUUACUUAGAAGAUCCCUUAUAAAGGAUAGCGUUGUUGUUUCAGUUCUUGAUCUCUUAUUAGGAGAUGAUACUGUUGAGGGAGCUACAGUCUUCUUUGAAAAGGUUGGUUACAUUUUGGAUGAAAAGAUAGUAAAGGCAGAUAUAAAAUCUAUCCCAGCUGACUUUGAUAUUUCAACAUUAAAUACAGCAAAGAAGAACUUGUAUUGGAUAGAGAAAUCUUUCAAGAGGAUAACUGAGUUGGUUGAUGAUCCAAAUACAUCAACCAGAGUCAAGAUUUUGAUUAAAAACAUGCUUGAUAACAGAAAAGAAGGAUGGUCUAAGAGUAAGAAGUUAGAUGAGAGUGGACCUAAGAAGAUAGAGGAUCUUAGAAGAGAACUUGAAGCUAAGGCUCAUGAAGAAGAUGCUAUCAGAUAGCAAAUUGAAUUUGAGGAGCAACAAUUGAAUAAUCACAAUAGAAUGGGCAGAGAUAGAUAAAAUACUCAUCAGCAAAAGAACAAAGGCGGUGAUUUCAAGCAAUAUGAUAUGACUCAACAGAAAAGAAGUUCAGUCAAGUAGGGAGGUGGCAACUACAACACUGGAGGAAGAUAGGGUGGAAAUUAUUAGUAACAGCAACAUUAGCAGAUUCCUUCAAGCUAACCUUCUAUUAAAUAUGUCCAAAAGUAACCAUCAGCUAAUUAAGGAUAAACUGCAGCGUUCGAAAUAGUCUAGAUUGAUGAUAAAGUUGUUGCCAAGAAAUGCAAAGAUAAUUUUGCCAAUUAUGAUGUUUUAGUUACCUAAAACCAAAGCAAUCCUUAGAAUUCAGGAAUGAAAGUAGAUGCAAGUGUUUUUGAUAUUUACAGAGAUUUCUAGAAAAUUAAUGGUAGAUAGGGUGAUGAAUUAGUAUUGCUUGCCCUUACAAAUAUUUAUGAAGAUUAGCCAGAAUGCUUGUAGUAGCAAUUAGCUAACUAUGUUAAAGAUCUUGCAUUGAGCAAAUUCAUUAAGAAAUCUGACUUUACGAAAGGAAUAAAUAAGCUUUUGAUAUAGCCUCCUGAUUUUUCAGGCUUAGAAGCUUCUCUUGCUGAGAUUAUUCAUAAAUUAAUGAGUAUUCAAGUAUUGAAUUUGUCUGAUAUUUGUCCUCCUGAAGAGUCUAAGGACGAAGAAGAUGCUGUAUUUGUUGAAGCAUACUAUCGUAUUUAUGCUAAUGUUUUAGUCAAGAUAUAAGCAGAGACUGGAGACUGGCAGAAGCUAAUCCACUACUUCUACGAAAAUAAUCUAGAUAAAAUCUGCACAUAAAUGCUUGAUAAGAUUCUUGAGGAUAACUUGUUUGAUGAUAUGACAGCUACCUUAGAUGAGAUAGGUCAUGAUCAUUCAAAGUAUUUGAUUCCAUUGCUGAAGCAGGAUCAAGAUUCUCUGAAAAGUAAGCCAUGGUUUGACUUAAACAAGAUAAUGAAGAUUACAGGUAGAUCUCAAUGA